AUGAAUCCGGCCUCAUCUAAAGUCCACAGCGCUUGUUUCAACGCCCAACAAGAUGGUUUCUCUGUGGCGACAGAUUCGGGUAUACGUUUCUUUAAUUCUCAUCCACCUGUGUUGUUACGCAGCUUCAGCAGAGAACAAGUUGGUGGAGUCAAGGUAGUCGCCAUUCUUCACCGAUCUAAUAUCAUUGCUUUCGUUGGUGGAGGCAGUUAUGCGAAGUAUCCCUCGAAUACGGUGAUGAUUUGGGAUGACAAGCAACAAGAACUGGUUCUUGAGGUUACUAUUGCUGGUGGGCCAAUUCUGAACGUUCUACUUGCAUAUUCGAAAUUAGUUGUGCUGCAAGAAAGAAGGAUUCAUGUGUUUCAAUUUCCAAGUCCAUGCAAACUUAUUAGAACGGAAGAAAUACGAUGCAAUCCAACAGGAUUAGCGGCUAUCGGUUGUGAUUUCAAUGGCUCUUCUCAAAUGUUAGCCUAUCCUGGCUUCAAGGGUACAAUACACAUCUUCGCUGUUAGGGAUUCUGACGAUGCCAAGAGAGGUAUUUUGCACAAGGUUGGUUUAUCCAAAGGCGAAAAACGAAGUUCCGUUCAAAUUUCGCUCGAACCACGAGUGCUUGCUGUAGGAUUUAUUAAAGCCUCAUCGUCUUCUAUGCAGUCAGUGGUUGCUAUCUGUCAAGAUGGAUCUUACCACAGGUAUUUCUUUGCAGUGAAAAUCAUUGUUCAGGAACAGCUGGCCGAAGCUCAAGAGCUACGCAAUAAGUUUCGAGAUGAGGUGUCAAAGAAGAUGGGCGAGCUUCUUCUUCGCGGAGUCACCAUGCUGGAUGCAUAUUGUCAAAUCUGCAACGGUAUUUUAAUGGAAGAUCGUAAUGGAGUCCGCACAUGUGUCACCUGUGAGCUGUUUGCUGAACGCACAAGAGAGGGAUCACGAUUAGUUGCAGAGGUGCGUAUGGUUGACAUAGAACGGAAAAACUGGGCUGAAGGGAAUGUUCCGGUGGUUGGAUCGAAGGAGUCAACACCAUCUGCUCCAACUACGUCAGUUCCAGCCAGAGGGCCCACGGGAAUUCGGGGUGUACCUCUUUCCUUCGAUGGAUGCACUGCAGCGCUCCUUGCCAUCGACAGAAAACUAAAGUGGGCUGGCGAGAGAAUUGAUCGAAGUGAAAAUCCAUCAGAAAUCCGAGAAAUGUUCGCUCUUGUUAACGAAGGAUUGAAUAUCAUCCGGCAUGCGAAAGUUGGUCGUGAGUAA